AUGCGCUUGGUGUCGAAGGAGUUGCCCUCUCAAAGCCUUGUGGCCAAUCACAAGGCGAGUAUAUUUUGCGCAGUUUGCGGAGAUACGGUAAGCGACUGAGCGGGGGACGUACGGACGGAAAAGGAAGGAUUACAGGCGCUCGGGAAGCACUACGGAGUGAACGCGUGCAACGGAUGCAAAGGAUUCUUCCGGAGAAGCAUCUGGAAGAACAGAACGUACGCGUGUAGGUACCAAGGCAAAUGCGGAGUCGCCAAGGGUAUGUUCGGGAAGACCUCAAAGAUCAGUCUGAAGAAGACAAAGAUCGAGGGAAUCGGGUUGACCUGACCUAUUAUUUCACGGGUUACUGUAAGAUCAAGAAGGUCACAGUACUUGUGAUCCAGUGUCCGAAAAGAAUAGCAUCGAAGUAACAAACUAGAAUCAAUAGAACAGUUACGAAUGCGAUGGCACUGCUCUUUUGGUCUCAACCAACGAGUACUUUGAGCGGAACUUUUAUCCGAAAUGAGCUCGAUCUUUGAGUGUUCUGUCGGUCUUCUCGCUUUCCGGGAGCCAAACUCAACUGCCGUAUCUCAUAAGCAGUUUAUUUCAGAGCAGCGAAACGCGUGUCGUGCGUGCCGACUGACGACAUGUCUCAAAGUGGGAAUGAAUCCGCGGGCUGUCCAGGGAGACAUCGACGCCGCUUCGACGAGCUCCGCGAGUCCCAACCUUGUCUCGGUCGAAUCGCAUCCCUACACAAAGUCCGAGUAUCCACCUCUUCCCUGCUUCCGUCCCCACAACGAUCCGUUUGCAGAGAAGUGGAAUGUCAGACCGAAAUGUCGACGAUGUCGUCGAGCAUCCCCACGUCUCCGGCCAACCGCUGCGAACUGCCCUUCGUAAGUUCCUCCUCCUCUUCCAUCUGCUCUGUUUCCUCGUGCUCCUCCGUUUCUACAGUAUACUCAAACUGUCUUGCCAUUUUGCCGCCCAAUCCAGUUACGCAGGUAGGCGUGCCACUUCCCUCUGUCUACAGUACCCCAUCUUUGCAGAGGUACGAUCAUCUGCUGGCCACCCUCUCGCGGAUAUUCGAGCGUGUCGAUGAGGGCUCUCCGGAGCCGCUCCCAAACACGUACAGCUUUGAUCACGCCUUCUACAAUCCGCAUCUCAUUUGCAAUCGAACAAAACUGACGCCGACAGGAGAACGCAUCGCCACGUUACAAGAAGUGCUCCAGGACUUCCGACGGGUGUUCGUCCUCUACACAGACGUGCUCUCCGUUAUUCCAGAGUUUUCGAGAUUAGAUGAGAAUGACAGAGUACGUGUUUUUAUUCAAAAACGUUUUCUCACUUUGACGUGCUCUUCUCUUCAGAUGGUGUUCGCCAAGAGUCGUUUCUCCUUCUUCUACUGGUGGUUAACGUGUUGCUGGACGGCGAAGAUUUCGUGUCCGGGGGUGUGCUAUGCGAACGGAGCGUAUCAUCCGGUGGACAAGGCUCAACAGGCCUUCCCAGACGUCAAGUAAGCCUUCCUUCUACCUUUUCCCUCCUGUUCAUCUCAAUUUCUUAUCAGAGGAGCGACCGAGCUGUCCGUGGAAACAGUCUCCAAACCACUUGCGAAUAUUAACAUCACGGACGCUGAAAUUCUCGUUGGAAGUGUUUUCGCCAUAUUUUAUGAAUGUGAGUCGUUUCGUUCUCUUUCCCAAUCCCUCGAUCUCUUUUUUUUCAGACCCACUUCCCCCGAAGAUGUCGUACGCGAGCACGCACGUUCUGAACAACGCGAGAGAUCACUACACGCAGUCUAUGAUUACCGUAUCCCCGUUCGCUCAGUUGGAAGCCAAAAGCGCCUCCCGGUUAGCAGACAUCGCUCUCAUUUUCACUUCGAUCACCGUAUGCAUCCGUUCUCCGAUCGUACUCAAAUUUUAUUUCAUUUCAGAAUCUCAAGUAUCUCACUUCCGAUAACAUUGAACUUUCGGACGUUCUGCACGUGAUGGAGGUCGAUCAGCUGUUCUCGGAUGCGUUCGAAGUGCACCGUCCGAUGGAAUGA